AGUUGAGAAUUUCAUAUUGUAUAUAGUUCAUAAUAAACAAUAAAAUGUGUAUUAACACAGUUUGAGAAGAGAAAGAAGACAGUUUUAUCAGAAUGGCAUGCAUUGAGAGAUCAUCUCCUGCUCUAAAACAAAUAUUGCUCAAGCUUUAUCGUGCUGAGAAGUCUAUAGAGAUUGAUCAUCACUUAUACGAAUUUGGAUCAGUGGAAUACCACAUUCAGUCUCAAGCCACUAAUCCACUGGUGGCUUACUUGUCAAUAUCAACACCACCGCUUUACCAUGGAAACCUACCAAAUAAUCUUUCACCAUACACCAUUGAAAUGGUGAAGGGAAUUUGUCCCAACCUUGUGGAGAUUGAAGAACCUGCUAGAGAAGGAUACCAGCUUACUCUAAAGCUUAACCUAGAUCAGAUUCCAAGAAACAAAGACUAUGUCAAGGUCAUUGAGGAUAUUUCCACAGUUCAAUCAGUAAUUAUAAGUUCACAGCUGAAAGAAAUAUUGUGUAAUGUGAAUUCUGAUGAUGCAUCUCAGGGGAUGUACAAACCCAUCAAACUAGUUUAUCAUCCAAGAGAACCCUUCUUUGUCAUCAGGCAGCAACAGAGAAUCAUAGCAAUAUUCCCAAUUCGUUUCAAAGAAAAGUUCGACGUCGUUAUUGCCACGGCUUUCUUUCAGGAGCUCGUGGAUGUUGGAAAUUCAGAUAAAUGGGUAAAGACACCACCUUGCACCUGGUCAGCCAUUCCUCCACCAGAGUUGACAGGAGAAGCUUUAGAGGAUUUGAGUACAAAUGGAGGGUUUGUCUCUUUUGAUAUCUCUUCUCGGCAUAUUGAAGGCAAUAGGUUAGACAAAACUGUCUGGAAUCUAUUAAAUUUUAAUGCCAAUGUUAGAUACCAUGUAAAGAGCACCAAAGGUUUCAUUCAAAGAAGGAUGAGGAAACGUUUGGAAAAUCUGGUUGAGGUUCUGCACCAAACAAACUCAGAAGAAAUCGAACAGACCAAACAAGUGAAACAACAACAUCAAGGACGUAGGAGUACCAAGAAACUAGUAAGAUCGUCAAAACACACCAUGAAGAAAAGAUGGUACACUUUGGGCAGAAAAAUAAAGAGAAUUUCUUUCCGACUUAAAAUUCAUGGAUUUACACGAUUUCGUCAAUGUUGGUUCCAAAAAAAUUCUUCAACAAAAUAUACAAAAUUAGAGUAGAUACUUAUGCAGUUAUUAUUUCUUGUGUAAUAUGACUCCAAUCCAACUAAGUGAGAAGAACCUGGAAUAUCCCUUCAAAAACAGUUUGCUCAAGUGUAUUAUUGUAUAUAGUUAUAAAAAACUUAUAUCAGACUUUAAACUACUUGAUUAUUGUAAGAAAAGAGAGGAUAUUCAUUUAUCUAGACAAUACAUGUCUAACAAACUUGUGAUGGUGUAA